GUUUAUUAGUGUAAACAGGGAAGUAUUUAGCAUGCCCUUUCAUCAGGAAAUUUCUUGCGACAUGAUAAAUAUCGAUCUUGAUAUGGAGUUUAUCGUUCAAAAUCGUUCUCAAACAUAAAGGUUGAUUGCUGUUCUCCAGAUUCGAAAAUUUGGAUCACGUUUGCCUAGGAGGAAGCAGAUCAAACACGAAGAGUUUAAUGAACAGUCUAUCAUCUACACACUGAAAAAUUUAUUAUUUUUAUUAUGGGCUUCAAUAGGAAAGUAUCGUUUUGUUUUAUAUUGUACAUUAUUGCCAUUGCGGUUGAAAUUACAUUGAGCCAAACUAGCACAGAAACUAAGAUUUCUACAUUACGACAAAUGAUCGUUUCAAAUGAAACAAUAUAUGUAGGAGGUGUUGGCGGUAUUGUGUCUCUUCAUAGAGAAAACAUGACGGAAAAGUCAUUUAACACUAAUAAUUCAACCGUUUGGUUACUGUUAUAUGAUGAGGAAAAUGAAGAAAUUAUACAGUGUAACCAAAAUAAUAUUAACGUAAGCCAUUGUUCGAAACUGGAUAUAAAUUUACAGAUGACUGGAAUCGAAAGCAGCGAUAUGUCGGUCGAUAUACAAUACCUUCUUACCUACAGUAUGAUCUAUGUAAAAGAAGUAAAAAAAAGCAUUGUUGUAAUCGGUACGAACUCUGCAAAUGUACUGAACACAUCGUACGGAAUUUUGUCUUUUAAUUCGAUAAAUUUUACCUUGUUCAAUACGGAACCAUAUCAAAAAGGACCAAUGAAUAUUGAACGCGCUGGUGAAGAAAAUUUAAGACUUGUUUUCCAAGCAUCUUUUUACCGUGCAUCACAUUUUUAUUUCUUUUUUCAAGUGCAUGCAAAUAAUCAGUUGGAAUCUUCAAGGAUAGGCAAACUUUGUCUGAAGUACGAAAACGAUAACAAUAAAACUGGCUACUACCAUUCCUAUGAAGAUAUGAAUAUUACGUGUAUAUAUGAUGGAUUUACCUUAACAAAGGUUGAAAAUGUUAUAGAUGAAGGCGGAUUCGCGAUAUUUUUGUUCCUUUAUAAUAAUCGUAGUGUUAUCUGUGCACGUUCAUGGGCCAACAUAUCAGUAGAUUAUUUAGAAUCCAGGAAGUUGCAGUUACUAUGCAAAUACUCUGUUAAAAAAGAUGAUGGGGAAUAUUUCCAAACAGACACUGAGCUUGAUACCUCUACCUAUUGCUUUGUAAAUGAAACCUAUUGCGAUAAGGGUGAUGUUUGUAAAGAACUGGAAGGCGACUUUUGUAAAUUAAAAUAUUAUCAUACUCUAGUCGGUGGGAAGGGAAUUGAAAAUAUGGACAGCUUCUACGACAUCAACAAAACAAUUACAGCUAUGGACAUAUUUCAGACCAGCAAUUACUCGGUAUUAUAUUUUGGAACAAUAGAUGGCGAACUUGGCAGGGUUUAUUUACAACUUGGUGGAGAACAUGAAAACUUUACAACAGAGCUUGUGUCUGUAGCCAAUUCGACGAUUAUUAAUAUUAAGGUUGAAAAGGACAGUGUAUAUUUUAUAACUGAAAAGAAGAUAGGUCAAAUUGAUAUCAACGAUUGUUCAAUACACAAGGACUGUGAAUCUUGUAUGAAUUCCUUUAAUUCAUCUUGUGGAUGGGAAUAUCAUGAAAACAUGUGUAAUACCAACAACUCAAAUUCAUCGGUGUGGAUUCCAUCAGAGAAAGGAAACUGCAUACAUUUCAGCAAUAUACCUGACCAUAUAAAGAUCAACACUACGGGCAACACCAACAUACAGUUUCAAACAUUCCCUCCUAAAUCAGUUGAGGGUGAAGAAAACGUCACCUGUAGAAUAUAUGGAAGAGAUGGGGAUGGUGAUGAAAACAUCACACGUAGAAUAGAUGGAAGAGAAGGGAAUGUUAGUAUUAACACUGAUGGAAAUUCGUCGUGUCAAAUUGACAUCAAAAAUUUAACGACCGGUUGGUAUAUAUUUGAAAUAAUUUAUACGGAAGUUAUUAUUGGAAAUGCCACGAUCGAAUUUUACAAGUGUCAGGAUUUAAAAACAUGUAUGAAAUGUCGAAAAAGGUAUUAUAUUUGUGAAAGCUGUGAUCCAAUAAUUUUUUUACGGGAUGAACCUGAAAGCGAAUUUACAAUUCAGGAAGAAAAGACAUGUCCCCAAUUGGAUAGAAAUUUCACGUUACAGUUGCAUGCUAACCAAUUUGAAAAUAUAACCAUUUACUUAAUAGAAGUUGAAAGUAAUUUAAUUGAUAAUCUGACUUCAUCAAACUUCACAUGUGAAAUAGGACAACAUAAUAGUGUUGUGCAGAAUAUACAGAAUGUGGAGGUACGGUGGGAUAGGAAUUCUACAAACGUGUCAUGUACAUGUAUAGGGGUAAAGCUGAAUGAAUCAGAAAUGCCCUAUGAUAUCAGGUUGAAAUACAGUAAUAUGUAUUUCGAUAAUGAGGUGACUCUAUUUGUAUACACAUGCGGUAGUUUCUUGAACUACAGUGUCUGUAACAACUCAUAUUCCGUCCAGCGUUAUGAAUGUGAAUGGAGAAACAGUAGAUGCUGUUUUAUAGGAUCCGAACCAUGCUGUCGAAAUAAUGGCGAUAUCACAAUAACAGAGAUUUACCCUAUAAGUGGACCAGUUAAUGGAGGAACAUCAAUUAUUGUAUCUGCAAAUUACGAAGGAAAUAGCACAGAUGAAAUUUUCCUUUCCAUUGAUGAAGCUGAAUGCACCGGAGUUAUAGUGAAAGAUCAAGAUAAUUGGUUCAGUUGCAAAACUGGAAAAGAAAUUGUACCGAAUAAUGACACAAUAAACAUGUCCGUUGGCAAUUGUCCAAGCACUAUAGUGAAUAAUACAUAUUUUACAUACAAGGACCCAGGCGUCAUCAAUAACUUUUAUCCUAGGAAGGGAAUCUUAGCUGGAAGUACAAUCAUUACCAUAACAGGCCAAACUAAUACGUUUGAAGGACAAGACCGAUACAACAUAUCUUUAUGUGAUAAAGAUAACGUUACAUGCAUAGAAUGCAGCAUUCUUGAUAGUCUUAAUUUGCAUGAUUCCAAAAUAAUGUGCAAAACUAGGGAAUCAAAUGAAACUCGUAACUUGACAAAGCUGGUAGUUGUUAUAGAUACUUUGACAACAUUACAACUGAAUGGAACAUUUCAGUAUUUACCGGAUCCAACAUUUGAUAUAUCGAAUGGGACUUUAAAAGCUUUAGAGAGUGGAGGCGCUGAAUUUAAAAUCAAUGGUGCUGGUUUUAAUAACGUUGGACAAAUAACUGUCGAGAGAGUGGAUGAGCCUUGUAAAGUACCUUCUGAUAAGCAAGCUGUUUGCCAAACACCUGAAAAAUUACUAAAUCAGACAAAUGUCCAAACUGUUAUUGUUAAUUUUGACGGAAUAGCACGUGCUUUUAAAGUUAAUUAUGUUGAUGAUCCUUCUUUCGAAAGGUUCGAUGGUGUAGUUGAUUAUGACAAGGAAUUUCCCAUUACAAUCAAGGGUAAAAAUAUCUUAAAUGGAGCUGGAAUCGGAGAUUACAACAUACAAGUUGGUUUGGACGGAAAAUGCCUCAUAUCUGAAUCUGACAUAACAAUGACUUAUAUUAAUUGUUUUCCACCAAAAAACGUUCCUCGAACAAAUAAGUCAGAAGUAAAUACAGUUCAUGUAAUUGUUGAGGUUGGUAGGAUAAAGGUUUAUAUUGGCGACUUACAGUACCAGGAAGACGUAAAAAUAUUAGCUAUUAUAGUUGGUGUGUUAGCCGCUGCAUUACUUAUUGCUGUUAUCAUUGGCAUACUUGCUGUUCUUGUAUUAAGAAAGAAAAAGAAAAAAGCUAUCAAGGAAUUCAAAAUGGAACUAAUGACACGCGAAGAAAUGGUACGAAAAGCUAGCAGAGAAGAAUUCGCAGAUGCUCAGAUGACAAUGAGAAGUAUAAAAUCUGACCUUUUCACCUCAAAGGUACCAUUUUGUGACUACAAGACGUAUGUUCUUCGUCAACUCUUUCCAAACCAAGAUAUAACAACCAAUCCUUUACUCCACGGUUUAGAGAUAUCGGAUGAAAAAAAAGACGGAACUAAGACUGCGAUUGACAAUUUUAAAAUGUUAUUGUCGAAUAAACUUUUCCUGAAGUCAUUAGUCCAGACAUUUGACCGUCCAAAUACGCUGACAAUUCAAGAAAAAGCACAUUUUUCAUCCGUUCUGUCAAUUUCAUUGAUGGGAAAUAUGACACUCUUCUUCGAUUUGAUAGAUUGCCUGAUGGUAGAUAUGAUUCGGUCAGCUACUAAAAAGCAACACAAAGUUUUAUUUAGAAGGUUUGAAUCUAUUUCCCUGAGAUUGAUGGCAAACUGGUUACAGAUUGGACUUUAUGGGCAGUUAACGUCAAAUUGUGGAAUGCAACUGUUCAUGCUGUACAAAGCAGUGAAGACAAUUGUUGAAAUGGCACCAGUAGAUGCACUCACUUCUAAUUCAAAGAACACUAUCGCAGAGGAAAAACUACUUAAAAUGAGGAUUGAGCAUCAAUCUUUUACAUUGCAAAUAGAUUUGAAUGGAAAUAUUGACCAGCGUUAUCCUGUUAAAGUUCUUGACUGUGAUACCAUAUCACAGGUGAAACAGAAAUGUUGUGAACAGAUUUAUAAGAAUAAACCUUCUUCAAAGAUACCACACAAUAAUGAACUUUCUUUAGAGUGGCAAGAAGGGAGAGCUGGAAAACUUACACUGAAUGACAUUGAUAACACUAGUGAAAAGAACAAUGGAUUGGUAUGUCUGAAUACCCUUAAACAUUAUAUGGUUACAGACAACAGUAGAAUGGCUCUGAUAUACAAGCAACAUGACGACCAGACUGUCAACGUGAAUCCGACAGCGUACCAAGAGGAAAGCCUUAUGUCAGAGGAUAUUACUUUACUCAUGCCGGAUAACGUCGAAUGUGCGGAAGAAGAAGGCCAAAAAUGGCACCUGGUAAGUAAAUUUAUUUAAUAUUUCUUAUGUGUGU